AUGAUGGCGCGGCGCGCUCCACCGCAAGGCGGCUCCGUCGUUUCAGCGGAGCGACGGACCAAGCGCCGCUUACCACUCCCCCACUCCCCUCUCACCCCGCCAUUGUCCCCCUUCCACCCUCCCCAUUCCCCCUCUCCCUUUUCCAUUCCUCCACGCUCCCCCUUCCCCAUUCUUUCCCUCCCAUAUUUCUCUUUCUCCCCCCCUCACCCAUCUCCCCCUCGCCCCCUUCACAAUUUCCCCACUCCCCCCCCUCUCCCCCUACCCCAUUUCCCCUUUUCCCCCUCUCAUAUCCUGCCGCCGCCCCUCAGCAAGCCCGGUGCAAGCGGCGACGGCGGAGGAAUCAGAGGGCGACACGUGGCAGCUGAAGCUGCUGUACGAUGGCGACUGCCCGCUCUGCAUGCGAGAGGUGUGCGGAUGGGGGGGACGGGGGAAGGAGGAGGGGGGGGUGGGGGGGAAGGCGCGCGCAUGGCGGAUGGGGGGGAAGGGAGGGAUGUGGAGGGUUUGAAUGCUCGAAAAGUUGGGGCGGGCAACUGGGCCGGGGAGAUGGUGAUGGGCGGGCAGAUGGUGAUGGGCGGGCAAAUGGUGAUGGGCGGGCAGAUGGUGAUGGGCGGGCAAAUGGUGAUGGGCGGGCAGAUGGUGAUGGGCAGGGAGGGAGGGAGGGGGCCGCAACAGGGGGUACGGAACGGAAUGCUCAAGUUUGUCGACAAAGCUGAGAUUGACAUGACCCUCGCCCUGCCCCUUCCCCCCCUGCCCCUUCCCCCCCUGCCCCUUACCCACCUGCCCCUUCCCCCCCUGCCCCUUACCCACCUGCCCCUUCCCCCCCUGCCCCUUCCCCCCCUGCCCCUUCCCCCCCUGCCCCUUCCCCCCCUGCCCCUUCCCCCCCUGCCCCUUCCCCCCCUGCCCUUUCCCCCCUGCCCCUUUCCCCCCUGCCCCUUCCCCCCCUGCCCCUUCCCCUCCUGCCCCUUCCCCCCCUGCCCCUCCCCCCCUGCCUCUCCCCCCCCUGCCCGUCCUCCCGCCCCUAUGCAGGUGGACUUCCUACAGGGUCGCAACAAAGAGUUUGGCACACUCAAGUUUGUGGACAUAGCGGCGGGUGACUACAGCGCGGAUGAGCAUGCGGGUGUGUCGUACGAGGCGGCUAUGGGGUCGAUUCACGGGAUACGAAGAGAUGGAACCGUGGUCACUGGCGUGGAGCUGGGUGCAGAUGGGUGCCGCGGGGUAUGCAGUGCAGACUGCAGCCUGCAGGAGGGUGGGGUGGGGGUGAGAGUGGGAAUCGGGGCACAGUGGACGUAUGAGGCGGCUAUGGGGGAGAUUCACGGUAUAUCAAGGGAUGGCACUGUGGUCACUGGCGUGCGGGUGGGUGCAGAUGGGUAUGUGAGGAAGGAGAGUGUGAGGCGGCAGGAGAGUGUGAGGCGGCAGGAGAGUGUGAGGCGGCAGGAGAGUGUGAGGCGGCAGGAGAGUGUGAGGGGCAGGAGAAUUUGGGGGCAAGGAUUGUGGGGCGAUUUGAGUGCGAGGGGGAGCGAGAGUGAGGCAGGCGGUGGGCCUCAGGGGGGGUGGGUCUAUGCCAUCACGAGGUUCCCUCUGCGCAGUGCACGCAGUCUCACCCGUGUAGUCACUAUCCCUCCCUCUCUCUGCGCUGUCUGCCCCGCACCGACCAAUUGCAGGCCUUUCGUGAGUUCUACGAGGCGGUGGGCCUCGGGUGGGUCUAUGCCAUCACCAAGUUCCCUCCGGUAUGUCUCCUGUCCCGCCACCAUUGCUCACCUCGCCACCGUUGCUCACCUCGCCACCAUUGCUCACCUCGCCACCAUUGCUCACCUCGCCACCAUUGCUCACCUCGCCACCAUUGCUCACCUCGCCACCAUUGCUCACCUCGCCACCAUUGCUCACCUCGCCACCAUUGCUCACCUCGCCACCAUUGCUCACCUCGCCACCAUUGCUCACCUCGCCACCAUUGCUCACCUCGCCACCAUUGCUCACCUCGCCACCAUUGCUCACCUCUCCAUUAUCGCUCACCUCUCCACCACCAUUGCUGCUCCGUCCUGCUCGAUCUCUUGGCAACUUGAGGUGCCUCAUACGUUCUUCCCCUCCCAUCCCGCUUUUGAGUCGGCUCGAAAGCAUCUUGAGACGGAAUUGAUGAGGUGUGAGCUCCUCAUCACUGGUCUCAUCUUGAUCCGCCCCUCUCGUCUCCGCUUUCCCUCCCUUUUUCCCCUCCCAUCCCUCGCUCUCCACUCUCCACCUGCGGUGUGUCAAGUGGGCGCUCUUGCAGACGGGAUCUACGAGGUGUGGGCCAAAUACCGCCUGCCACUGUCAGGCCGGCCGUCAUUGCAAGCUGUGAUAGAGGAGCGCAGACGCAACAAGCUCGGUGUGCAACGGUGCAAGGAGGAGGAGGAGAGCAACGUGAAGUUUUAG